GGUCAUAGAAAAUAUCUGUCUCUUCACUCUUCAGUCCAGUAUUCUAAGGUGCAUUUUUUUCCCCUUCAACUUUCCGUCACUUUCCCGAGAAAAUGAGAGAAAUCGUUCACGUUCAAGGUGGUCAAUGCGGCAACCAAAUUGGAUCCAAGUUUUGGGAAGUUAUCUGCACCGAACAUGGAAUCGACUCAACGGGUCGAUACAACGGCGACUCGGAGCUUCAGCUGGAGCGUAUCAACGUUUACUAUAACGAAACAAGUUCCGGCCGCUUUGUUCCCCGCGCCAUCUUAAUGGAUCUGGAACCCGGUACUAUGGACGGCGUAAGAUCCGGCCCGUUUGGACAAAUUUUCCGACCCGAUAACUUCGUUUUCGGGCAAUCCGGUGCUGGAAAUAAUUGGGCCAAGGGUCAUUACACCGAAGGAGCCGAGCUUAUUGAUUCCGUUCUAGACGUCGUCAGAAAAGAAGCCGAGAAUUGUGAUUGCUUACAAGGGUUUCAGGUAUGCCAUUCUUUGGGGGGAGGAACUGGAUCUGGAAUGGGAACUUUGUUGAUAUCCAAGAUCAGGGAAGAGUAUCCGGAUCGAACGAUGCUUACGUUUUCGGUGUUCCCAUCUCCUAAGGUUUCUGAUACUGUGGUUGAGCCGUACAAUGCAACACUCUCGGUUCAUCAGCUGGUGGAAAAUGCGGAUGAAUGUAUGGUUCUUGAUAAUGAAGCUCUCUAUGAUAUCUGUUUCCGUACCCUCAAGCUCACUACACCCAGUUUUGGAGACCUCAACCAUUUGAUUUCUGCCACCAUGAGUGGGGUUACGUGCUGCCUUCGCUUCCCUGGUCAGCUGAACUCGGACCUCCGCAAGCUUGCUGUAAACCUUGUUCCAUUUCCCCGGCUGCAUUUCUUCAUGGUCGGAUUCGCACCUCUCACGUCUCGUGGUUCCCAGCAGUACAAAGCCUUAACUGUCCCAGAACUAACACAGCAAAUGUGGGAUGCCAAGAACAUGAUGUGCGCUGCUGAUCCUCGACAUGGUCGAUACCUCACAGCAUCAGCUGUGUUUCGUGGCAAGAUGAGUACGAAAGAAGUUGAUGAACAGAUUAUCAAUGUGCAAAACAAGAACUCAUCAUACUUUGUCGAAUGGAUUCCGAACAAUGUGAAAUCCACAGUUUGUGACAUUCCUCCGAGUGGAUUGAAAAUGGCAUCCACAUUUAUAGGGAACUCUACUUCAAUCCAGGAGAUGUUCCGGAGGGUGAGCGAGCAAUUCACUGCCAUGUUCCGAAGAAAAGCUUUCUUGCAUUGGUACACUGGAGAAGGGAUGGAUGAAAUGGAGUUCACAGAAGCUGAGAGCAACAUGAAUGAUUUGGUUUCAGAGUACCAACAAUACCAGGACGCCACUGCAGAAGACGAGGAGUAUGAGGAAUAUGAGGAAUACGAGGAAGAGGCUUAAAGGAUGCUCCUUGUUCUUUUUAUCAUGUAGGACAUUCGGUUGUGCAAUCUCUGCUUUGCUGAUUUCCAGCAUCUGAAUCGCUUAUUGCUGCUAUCUUUGCGAUUUACAGACUAGUAUUGCUGCUUUGUUUUUUAUCAAUAAUUUUCAGCAGUCAGGUUCGUUUCUCUCACAAAUUUAGCUUACAAAUGUGGGAGCAAAUGUUAGGCUGCGAAUCUAUUUAUUAAAGUAUGCCUCUUGUACUUUUUAUCAUGUGGGAUAUUUGGUUGUGUGUAUGUGAACUCUGUUGAUGCAAUCUUAGUAUUGCCUGUUGUGUUUGUAUCA